AUGUUCGACACCGACCGUUCCGGCUCCGUGAACUUUGACGAAUUCUGCGGUCUCUGGGGCUUUCUCUCCGCCUGGCGCAGUCUCUUCGAUCGCUUCGACGCCGACCACAGCGGCUCCAUCUCGUACGCCGAAUUCAACGAAGCGCUCAUCGCAUUCGGAUACCGCCUCUCCCAGGGCUUCGUCACGCUGCUGUACCAAACCUACGACCGCAGCGGGCGCAACGCACUCAGUUUCGAUUUGUUCGUGCAAGCGUGCAUUAGCCUCAAGAGGAUGACGGAUGUGUUUAAGAAGUACGAUGAGGAUCGUGAUGGGUAUAUUACGUUGAGCUUGUAA